AUGGGCGGUAAUUCUAUCAAUUGUGAUGAUAAUAAAAAUAUUAAAAAAAUUGAGGAGAGUAUUGAUAAAAAAAAUUACCCUGAUUCUUUUAAUUCAUUAAAUGUGGAAAAUGAAGAGUCUAAAAAUAUUGUUCUAGGGGAUAUUGUAUCAAUGAAAAAUUCUACCAAAACAUUUGAUUGUUAUGCUAUCAUUUCAAAUAUUUUUAGGAUUAUUGAAUGUAAUGAAUUAUAUUGUCAAGUAUAUUGGUUAGUACCAACAAAACAUAACUUUUUGUCUGAUUUUAAAUUUGUUCAAAAAGUUCCAAAGAACUCUCCUUACAGAUUUAUGUAUGAUUUGAAUUAUGAAAGUAUUGAGGAAGAAUAUGAAACAACAGUUAAACCAUUUGAUUGGGAUAAGACAUGCUUUGAUUAUUUAAAAAAAGAAUAA